AUGAAUUCCAAUAAGAGUGUUAAUGGAACAAAGUCUUUUAUAAAGAAACUAUCAGUUUUGAAUGUUGUAAUAAAGAAAGCGAAAUCAUAUCUGCGUUUAUUUUUUGAAACAUCGUCUAUUCAUGGACUAAACCAUUUCGUGGCUCCAAGACGUCAUCCUUGUGAAAUUUCCCUAUGGUUGUCUGUGGUAUGUCUGUCUUUAUUUGGCGCCAUGUAUCUUUCUCACACAACAUGGGUGAGGUACCAGUCCUCGCCCACCGUGGUCUCUAUGGAGCGGGACAUGUUUGCUUGGAACACCACAUUUCCAGCAAUAACUAUAUGCAUCGAAAAUAAAAUUGAUGAAGAAAAACUUGAAAAUUAUAUUAGAAAUUCUGAGGAUACUGACAAAUCGAAGCUACGAGAAUUCGUUAAAGCACUGGCGAAUGCGUCGUUCCAAACGUUCGAGUCGCUGCCGCGCUACGGAGCGGUGCCUGCCGACCACUACAUGCGGCUGAUCCUCGAGCUCACGCCGGACUUCAAGCCGGACAUCAACAUUGGCGCCGCGGGAGUCACUCUCGGUCUCGUACCUACCAUCACCGAAAUGGGCCUUUGUUAUUCUUUCAACUCUAAAGUUGCUAUCUACAAUUCUCCCACUUACAGGGAAGCUGACAAGUGGAAUCUUGUGAAAACUGAGAAUGAAACAUUUUUUAUUCAUCCCCUGGACGGAGAGGUGUUUGCUCAGCUCAUCAACAUUUCAGCUUCUUAUAGUGUUUACAUUCAUGGGCCAUACGAAGUUCCAGACAUUUCAACUAAAUAUCAGCAAUCAUCGAAAAAUUUCUAUAUGAAGAUCUAUGUGACUGCUGUGACCGUGUACACUUCAUCGGAAGCUGCUAAAUUAAGCAUUGGUCAACGGCGAUGCAGAUUUCCCCAUGAGAACAAUCUGAAGCAUAACGCCAUAUACACGUACACCUUGUGUCGCAUGGAGUGCAGAAUUAAGUUAUGCCUCAAGUUUUGUGGAUGUGUUCCACAUUUUUAUAGAACAAUACGCGAUGAAAAAACUUGUGACGUCGACGGCUUGCAUUGUUUGUCAAAAUAUAAAGAUAUACUAUAUAAACUGCGCGACGAUUCCGACAAGAAAGUGAGCUGCGAGUGCUACCCGAUCUGUGACGACAUAAACUAUGUCAUUCAAACAAGUGCACGACAAGAGUGGUUUUUAGGCACCAACUUACAAUGGGGUAUUGUCACCUAUCCCCGCAUGAGGUACCGACGAGACAUCAUUUUUGGAUUUACUGAUGUCCUUGUAGCGGUAGGCGGUAUGGCGGGCCUCUUCCUGGGCUGCAGUGUGCUCAGCUUCACUGAGAUUGUGUACUUCCUCAGCUUGCGCCUGUACUGGUACUGCCGAGGUCGUUGA